CUGGCGCAAGGUGUAUACGGUGUGAGGAGAGAAAAGGGGCGGGAAGUCUUUUAAGUUGCCCUGUCAAAAUCGGAGGACUAAUGCAUGCAGCCCAAAGGGGCACCUAGACCCCACCGCUCCCAUUGCAGGGUCCUCCGCCUACCUCUCCUUCCUAGAGAGGAAAGGAAUUUGGGGAGGAGGAAAAGAAGAACUGGGGCGGGAUCUCCCGGAUCCUCAGCGCUUCCCCCCCUGCAGAUCCCCUGCCCUGCCCGGCUUCUCACUUGUGGAGUGGAAAACGGCCUUUCUCGUUCCCAAGCGCUGCGCUGGGGCCGGUCUCUUCUGGAAUGUGGACUUGGUAGUGCCUCUAAUUAGCCCUGAGAAACUGGCAGAAGACAAAGGCGUUCCUUCAGCUCUGUGGGAGGAUUCUGUGGUGCAGAGCUUAAGGACGGCAGUGGAAGACUCGCCCUUCUGCAAAGGGCCCAAAGUAGGAAGAGGUCCUCAUAUCAAGACAGUAGAGAGCAGUGUGGAAUUCUGGGAAACAGCAAUGCAGAAAGUCCUUGGCUCAGAUGUGCGGAGCCAGCAGUUCAGGCGUUUCUGCUACAAGGAGGCUGAGAGGCCCCGAGCGGUUUGCAGCCGACUGCACCGUCUCUGCCGGCAGUGGCUGAAGCCAGAGCGACACACAAAGAAUCAGAUGCUGGACCUGGUGAUCCUGGAGCAGUUCUUGGCUGUCCUUCCAGCGGAGAUGGAGAGCUGGGUGAGGGAAUGUGGAGCGGAGACCACUUCCCAGGCGGUGGCCCUGGCCGAAGGUUUCCUCCUGAGCCAGGCAGAGGACAAGAAGCAGGCAGAGCAGCAGAGAAAGGAUCCCCUUGCAGAAAUGAGCACUGAUUUCCCUGAGGCAGAGAGGACUCCAUCAGACACCAGACAGAGGCCACUGGGGGACAGAAUGAUUUUGGCAAGACCUCCUCGACCGUCUGUUCUUUGUGGCAGCAGGGAAGCAGUGGAUCAGGGUCCGGUGUCCUUUGAGGAUGUGGCUGUGCAUUUCACGGAAGAGGAGUUGGCGCUGCUGGAUCCUGACCAGAGAGCUCUGCAUAAGGAAGUCAUGGAGGAGAAUUUUGGAGUUGUGGCCUCACUUGAUGAAUAUGGAACAAUGUGGCAAAUGCAGACCAGAGCCAUUGUACAAUCCCAGAAGCCUGAAAGAAGAUCCCUGCUCCAGCCAGUGGCAUAUCAUGAAGGUGACCAGUUGGAAACCAAGAAUAAAAAAGACCACAACAAAAUCCGAACAGUGGAGAAGCCUUAUAUUUAUUUAGAGUGCGGAGACAGCUUCAGUCAGAGCUCUCAUCAAAGAAUUCACAGUGAGGAGAAACCCUACCAAUGCUUGGAAUGUGGAAAUAGCUUCAGACAGAGGUUCCAUCUCACUUCCCAUCAAAGAAUUCAUAGUGGGGAGAAACCGUACCAAUGCCUGGAAUGUGGAAAGAGCUUUAAUUCAAGCACAGACUUCUGUCGUCAUCAAAGAAUUCACAGUGGGGAGAAGCCAUAUCAGUGCUUGGAAUGUGGAAGGAGAUUCAGUCAAAACUCCAAUCUCACUUCCCAUCAACGAAUUCACAGUGGAGAGAAACCCUAUCACUGCUUGGAAUGCGGAAAGGGCUUCAGCUGUAAGAAAAGUCUCACUUCCCAUCAAAGAAUUCACAGUGGGGAGAAACCCUAUCACUGCUUGGAAUGUGGAAAGGGCUUCAGCUGUAAGAAAAGUCUCACUACCCAUCAAGGAAUUCAUACAGGGGUGAAACCAUAUCAUUGCUUGGAAUGUGGAAAAAGCUUCAGUUGGAAGAAAAGUCUCACUUCCCAUCAAAGAAUUCACAGUGGGGAGAAACCAUAUCAGUGCUUGGAAUGUGGAAAGAGCUUCAGCUGGAGGAAAAGUCUCACAUCCCAUCAAAGAAUUCAUACAGGGGAGAAGCCAUAUCAUUGCCUGGAAUGUGGAAAGAGCUUUAAUGCAAGCACAGACUUUUGUCGUCAUCAAAGAAUUCAUACAGGGGAGAAACCGUAUCAGUGCUUGGAAUGUGGAAAGAGCUUCAGUCAGAGCUCCAGUCUCACUUCCCAUCAAAGAAUUCACACAAGUGAGAAACCAUAUCAAUGCUUGGAAUGUGGAAGGAGUUUCCGUCACAGCAUAAGCCUUUGUCGUCAUCAGAGAAUUCAUAGCGGGGAGAAACCAUAUCAGUGCUUGAAAUGUGGGAAAAGCUUUAGUCGGAGCAGCCAUCUCACUAUCCAUCAAAAAAUUCAUACAGGGGAAAAACCAUAUCAGUGCUUGGAAUGUGGAAAGAACUUCAGUCGGAGAGACAAUCUCUCUGCCCAUCAAAGAAUUCAUAUAGGGGAGAAACCAUACCAGUGCCUGGAAUGUGAAAAGAGCUUCAGUCGGAGUGACCAUCUCACUUCCCAUCAAAGAAUUCAUACAGGGGAGAAACCAUAUCAAUGCUUGCAGUGUGGAAAGAGGUUUAAUGCAAGCACAGACCUUUGUCGUCAUCAGAGAAUUCAUAGCGGGGAGAAACCAUAUCAGUGCUUGAAAUGUGGGAAGAGCUUUAGUCGCAACAGCCAUCUCACUAUCCAUCAAAAAAUUAAUACAGGGGAAAAACCAUAUGAAUGCUUGGAAUGUGGAAAGAACUUCAUCUCCAAGUCUACUUCUCAUCAAAGAAUCCAUACAGGGGAGAAACCAUAUCAAUGCCUAGAAUGUGGAAGGAACUUCAGUCAGAGCACCAAUCUCACUUCCCAUAAGAAAAUUCAUACUGGGGAGAAACCUUAUCAGUGUUUGGAAUGUGGCAAGAGCUUUAGUUGGAGUGACCAUCUCACUUCCCAUAAAAAAAUUCAUAAAAGAGAGAAACCAUACCAAUGCUUGGAAUGUGGAAAGAGCUUUAAUGGAAGCACAGACUUCUGUCAUCAUCAAAGAAAUCAUACAGGGGAGAAGCCCUAUCAAUGCUUGGAAUGUGGAAAGAGCUUCAGUCGGAGAGACAAUUUCACUGCCCAUCAAAGAAUUCAUACAGGGGAGAAACCCUAUCAAUGCUUGGAAUGUGGAAAGAGCUUCAGUCGGAGAGACACUUUCACUUCUCAUCAAAGAAUUCAUACAGGGGAGAAACCAUACCAAUGUCUGGAAUGUGGAAAGAGCUUCAGUCGGACAGACAAUUUCACUGCUCAUCAAAGAAUUCAUACAGGGGAAAACCCACAUCAGUGCCUGGAAUGUGGAAAAAGCUUCAGCUGCAAGAGACGUCACUUCUCAUCAAAGAAUUCACAUAGGAGAGAAACUAUAAAAGAGGUGAGCGGCCUGUCGGAGCUGCUCAGAGGUCACCAAGGUGGGACCACUGUGAUCGGACUACUUAAAGAUGUUGACCUUUUCUUUGGACUUCCCGGAAGAUUGCUCCGCUUGUGGCUGCCUCUGAGAUGAGCUCUGUCUCAGAGGAAGCUUUUUUCAGUUUAAAAUCAGUCAAAAGGGAAGUUUGACUGGUGUAAAUGUUCUCCCAGGCAAGGGUGAACCGAAGAGAUUAUCCACAGAAACUUCGUUGGGCUGUCGGUGGCUGGAAUUGAUCAGGAAUUCCCUGAGAAAGGAAGGCAUACCUAGCAGCCGAGGACGGAGUUAGGACUUCCAGCAAGCUGGGCUGAAAAAAAGCGAGACUUUUUUCUUUUAAACGAUCCACAACGGGCGAGCUUUCUUCUGUCUAAUCUUAUCAUUUGGCUUAAAUUACUACAGUAAAAGAGAUUUGUUUGGGAAUCAGCAAUUGAGAUACCUGGGUGAGUUACACUUCUCUCUUUUAUACAAGGAAUUAAGGAGGAGGAAAGAAAA